AUGAGAAGCAAAUCCAUCUUAGCUGGUGCCGUUAAUGUUCCAAUUGAACCAACAUCAAAUGUUGACUCACGAACGACAAACAAUAUUGUCAUAAAGAACUAUAGUUCAGAGUGUUUGAAAGAAAAAGAACCAGAACUUAAGUCGGUGAAUUUAAACUCAGCUUCAAACGCUAACGCUACAUCAGAUGUUAAGUUAGAGUAUCCACCACUGGACCAAAUUCUUUCAAGAGAAGCCAACGACAAUCCUUACACAAAUGUUCAAACAAAUCCUUCAGAUAACGUAGACCAUUACCUUCUUCAGUUAUACCAAACAAUUUUACUCAAAGACGAUAAGAAGCUUUUGACAAAUCUUAUAAGUAAGAACCAAAUAAUUCUAACAAAGGAGGACCUUGAAAAUGUUAUCUCACGAAUAACAGGGAAACAA